AUUACAACUAAAUUCAAUCAUAAUAAGUGAAUUAUGUGUGAUAAAUAAACUAGAGAUGUAUUUGUUCAGAGAUUGAAUUUUAAAUACAUUAAUCAUUUUAUUUUAUUUUUCAAAAAUAUUAAAUCAAAGAACUAUUUUUUAUAUUCAAAUAUCAACUCAAAAUUCAAACUCCCAAAAAUUAACACAUAGAAACACUUUGGAUCACGUAUCCCUAUAUGACGACGGGUAUAAUAUUAUUUUCUUCCAUGAACGGUGAGUGUGGUAGGUGUCCCCAAAAGCCAAAGAUAUAAAUAAAUGCUCCCAAAGUAUCCUCUUCCAAAGCUCUCCUCUAUCUCUUCAAUGGCUCAGAAGGUGAUACUGAGAGUUUCGACCAUGAAAGAUGAGAAAACCAAGCAGAAAGCCAUGGAAGCAGCCGCUGAUAUCCUUGGUGUGGAUUCCAUUGCUGCAGAAGUGGAGAACCAGAAGCUGACAGUGGUUGGAGACAUGGACGUGGUUGCUUUGGUAAAGAAAGUAGUUAAGAAAAUGGGCAAGGUUUACACGCUCGCUGUAAGCCUAGCAGCAAAUUAGGAUCACACAGGAAAGAGAGCCUUGGAAUGGAUGGUAAGAAGCAGACACCCUCGAAGUUACAUGUGGAAUAAAUUGUUGUAUCUACUUCAACUUCAAUAUGUCCAUUAUUGCAUUUCGUUUUCAGGGAAUUCUUUUACUGGAAUAUAUACAUCAUAGGUCAUUUUCGAGGCGAUUAACAUAUUUAAAUAUUUUUGUGUACUAUAAAAUAUGGUGAUGACAUGCUGGCAUGCUACGAAAAGAUA